CCAAACAUCCAAGCAAUAACCAGUCCACAGACAACACAAAGCAGAAUGAGACUAAUCAUUCCCCUCCUCUUCCUCUUCGUGCUCAACAAUGCUACCACCAUAGACCACCACGAGGACCCAGCGCCGACGCCAGCAAUGUGGCCGGAGCGCUUCCACGCUCUUCUGUACAUGAACCUCAGCAGCACCAAGCUACAGCUUUCUGACCUCUGGUACGAUUGGCCUCGCGGGCUAAACCUUAACCUAAUGCAGAAGCAGCUCGGUCCCUUGCUCCAUGAUGUCGAGUGGAACAAUGGCACCUCCUUCUAUUUUACUCUAACGGGCAGAGAGGAGUACUGCCGCGUGGUUGAGUUUGGGGUGGGAAUUCCCCGGCCGGACUUCCUCGCCGGAGCCACCUACUUGGGCCGCCGGAGAACCGAUGGAUUCCUAUGCAACCUUUGGGAGAAGAUCGGGUUUAUUUGGUACUACGAAGAUGUGGUCUCUCAUCGCCCUGUGCGUUGGGACUUCUAUGACGGAAUAUCCACUCAUGUUAUGACAUUUGAGGUGGGAGCAGUGCUGGAAAAGCCCAGGUUGUGGCAGGCACCGGCUUAUUGUUUUAGCGGCGGCGGCGGCGGCGGCGAAGUUAGUGUUGAAAAAUGGACAAAGAAUGGAGAUGGCCAUAGUUUAAGGAAACUCAUUUCAAGAUUUUAGGACUUGUUAAGAAAUCCAAAGAAAUAUCAGACUUCUCAUGGCAGACCUUUUUCAGAAAUCCAUCAUCAUUUGCUUUAGUGUAUUAUGUUAAUAUGAACAUUCAUUAUGUAUUUCCAUAUUAAAAGGACAGUCGAUGUGAGGUGAAAGUUGUAUAAUAUGGCAUCAAUAGUUUGGCUUAUACAUAUUUCAAAUGGCAGAAUAGAAGGCACAUAAAUUGUC